AUGCGCAUCGACCGAGAGCUGCAGCGAAACCUUAUUGUAGAAAUCGCUCUCUCUGCCUUCUUUCUUGGUGGGUGCUUUGUGUUUGGGGUCGGGUUGAUAUUUCACAGCCUGUGGUACACUGGCAGCAUCGCAGAGUACUCAGCUGGUCUCUACAUCAUUUCCGCGAUGGUGCUCUUUCACAUGAGCGAGUUUCUUGUUGCCGCGCUCAUACGCCGGCAUGACACGCACCCCGAUGCCUUCAUGUUGUACCACUCGAAGGCGUACUCUAUUGCGAUGGCUUCCGGGUGGGUGGAGUUCCUCGUGGAGUGUACGCUGAUCCCGGAAAGCUGGAAAACGCCUCGAGGCACCUCGUGGGAGUGGAUACUGCGCAUGAACUACAGUACUGUCACUGUCGCUGCUGUGUUGACUGCUGCUUUUUAUUUAGUACGUGUUAUUGGAAUGUUGCACUGUGGCACAAGCUUCUCAUUGGUGAUCGAAAUCGAGCGGCGGUCAAGUCAUGUGCUUGUCGAUUCCGGAAUAUACGCGGUGCUGCGACAUCCGGCGUACUUUGGCUUUUUCUGGAGAACUGUCUUCUCACAAAUGAUAUUGAUGAAUCCCCUUUGCCUUGUCAUCCAUACACUAGUGAUGUGGAAGUUCUUCUUUGAUCGCAUUCCGUAUGAGGAAGAAGUGUUGGGAAGUGAGGAGUUCUUUGGCGACCGCUAUAAAGCAUACAAGGCUGCAACCUGGGUGGGCAUCCCUUUUAUUCGUUGA